UUCCACCGUGUUGCAGGAAGCUUCCACCGAAACGAGCAAACAAGUAUACAUUUUUGCUUUUGACUUUGACCCAAAUCUAAAAUCAAAAACCCCCUUCAGCGGAUCGUCGAGAUCCCCACUUUGUUCUUCAUUCUUCUCAAUGGGACUCCUUCCCUUUGCCUUCGCCGGCACGGCUUUCAUCCUAAUCGGUGCCCACGAAGCCCUUCAAGCCACCUUCUCCAACCGCAAACAAGAUUCCCAAUCUCGAUCUCAAUCCUCUCUCUUCUCCAUCUCCGUCUCCAUCUUCUCUGCCUUCUUCAUCAUCAACUCCCUCGUCUCCCUCUUCGACGCACACAACUCAAACGACGCCGUUGGCUCCGUCCUCCAACUCCAGCUCAUAUCAAUCGCCCUCCUUUUCCUCUCUUACUCCCUCCUCUCUCUCUUCACCUUCCCCCUCCCUCUCCCCUCAUCAUUAUUAGAACUCCUUGCUGCCUUCGCCUUCGUCGAAGAGUUCCUCUUGUUCUACCUUCAGAGGAAGGAUCCAAGCGGGGUCGAAAACCGUUACUACAGUCUCUUGCUGGUUCCCAUCGCUGUAUGUGUUUUCUCCACUUUUCUUGAAUUGAAGUCUCCGGGCUCCGCUUUCCCCAAAUUGGGCCGUGGAAUGGGCCUCAUCCUUCAGGGCACGUGGAUCAUUCAGAUUGGCCUGGCUUUGUUCUCCGGCUGGGUGGCGCAGGGGUGCUCCCUGCACCAGCUGAGCAGGGGAAACUAUACUCUGAGGUGCAAGGGCCACAUGGACUACCACAGAGCCAGCGCCCUUGCCACGCUUCAGUUCAACUGCCAACUUGCUCUCAUGGUUGUUCUUUCUGUUGGUGCUUAUUCGGUAAUCUCUGCGAAGAAUGGAGGAUCUCUAGAAUCUUCUUCUGCUGCUGCCAGUUACAGGCCGAUUGGUUUUGCUGAGAUGCAGCAGUUGGAGAAUUCCACGAAUUUCACUUUGGAUUCUGAUGAUGAUGAUGGUGAAGAGAGGCAGAAGGGGACUGUUGUUGAACAUGGUAAUAUGAAUGGUCAUGGUAGAAGUCAUUAACAUGGUGGUGAUAAUCAUGGUUUUGUAUAGGAUCAUUAUCUUGUUUCAUAUUGUUAGGAAACAGAGUAAAUCAGGGUUCAAUAGUUGGUUCUUGUUGAUUUCUUGCUAUUCUGUAUUUUUCUAGUUUUGGCUUGGGAUCCAUUUGAUUUCUUUUAUUGGAAUGUGAAUUUUUUUUCCUCUUGGAGUAUAUGUGACUCCCCAUACUUUUAAGUGGUAAUGUUUAUAGUUCUUGUGCGUUAAAUUAGUGCUGAUGAAUGCGACAGCAUGGGGACUUGGCUAAAGUAUUACUUUGUAGCUGUAAAACUCAAUCAUGGGAAUACGGACAAUUAGAAUUAGAAGCAUUUUGAACACUAUGAACAAUUGGAAGCAUUUUGUUUUGCUA